UUCCUUCACGUGGGUUGGUCCAAUUCCGAGAGUGAAUAUCAUGAAGCCUGAACUGAUAAGGGAGGUCUUCCUCGAGGCUGGUCGCUUUCAAAAGCAAAAACCAAAUCCGCUAGCCAAUUUUCUUCUAACAGGACUUGUAAGCUAUGAGGGUGAGAAAUGGGCUAAGCACAGAAAGCUUCUGAAUCCAGCAUUCCAUGUAGAGAAAUUGAAGCUUAUGUCACCUGCAUUUCAUUUGAGUUGUCGCCAAAUGAUAAGCAAAAUGGAGGAGAUGGUAUCCCCAGAGGGGUCCUGUGAAUUGGAUGUUUGGCCCUUUCUAAAAAAUUUGACAGCUGAUGCCCUCUCUCGAACCGCAUUUGGUUCUAGCUAUGAAGAAGGAAGAAGGUUAUUCCAACUCCUACAAGAACAAACAUAUCUAACCAUGGAGGUCUUUCAAUCAGUAUACAUUCCUGGAUGGUGGUAUUUGCCAACGAAAAGGAACAAGAGGAUGAAGAAAAUUGACAAAGAGAUGAACACAUUGUUGAAUGAUAUCAUUACCAAAAGAGAUAAAGCAAUGAAGGAUGGCAAAACGGCUAAUGAGGACUUAUUGGGUAUAUUAAUGGAAUCCAAUUCUAAAGAAAUUCAAGAGGGAGGAAACAGUAAGAAUGCUGGAAUAAGUAUGCAAGAAGUCAUUGAGGAGUGUAAGCUAUUCUACUUAGCUGGCCAAGAGACUACCUCAAAUUUACUUCUCUGGACAAUGGUUUUGUUAAGCAAGCAUCCAAACUGGCAAACACUGGCAAGGGAAGAAGUUUUUCAAGUUUUUGGGAAAAAUAAGCCAGAAUUUGCUGGCUUAAGUCGCCUAAAAGUUGUUACAAUGAUUUUCUAUGAGGUCCUUAGGCUAUAUCCACCAGGUGCCACACUUAAUCGAGCUGUUUAUGAGGACAUCAAUCUGGGGGAACUUUAUUUACCAUCUGGAGUGGAGAUUGUACUGCCCACCAUCCUAGUGCAUCAUGAUCCUGAAAUUUGGGGAGAUGAUGUGAAGGAGUUCAAACCAGAGAGGUUCUCUGAAGGUGUUAUGAAGGCAACAAAAGGGCAAGUCUCCUACUUUCCAUUCGGCUGGGGUCCUCGCAUAUGCAUCGGACAAAACUUUGCAAUGGCAGAAGCAAAAAUGGCGCUGGCAAUGAUACUACAAUGCUUCACAUUUGAGCUUUCACCAUCAUAUACUCAUGCUCCUACUUCUGUUUUAACUUUGCAACCCCAAUAUGGUGCGCACUUGAUUUUACAUAAAAUCUAGUAUCUAAACCUCUGUU